UGUGUCGUGUGUGGAGGGAGAGGGAGGGAGAGCAGCUAGCUGUAUAUAUAUCUAUACAUACACUUGUACCCUCCCCACCUCCAUAGCUCCCACCACCUGUGCUUGUGUGAACUCUCGGCUUCAGUGAGUGGGAGAGCUCGGGGAGACAGACACUCUCCACCGAAAGGACAGCGCAAUAAAUAGAGGCCCAGAUGAGCUGAAGAUCAAGAUCCGAGAGGAAAAAGGGUCCCUUUUCGUUGCACUGAAGCUACAUUCUUGAAUCGAGAGGAAGGAGAAGAAGAUGGGGGGUUGUUCGGUUUCCAAGCUCUUUCUGGUGUUUGGGUUGGUUCUGGUGAUGGUGUUUGAGUUGGGUCUGUGCAAUGUGAGUUAUGACAGGAAGGCUCUGUUGAUUAAUGGGAAGAGGAGGAUUCUCUUCUCUGGCUCCAUACAUUACCCGAGAAGCACCCCCGAGAUGUGGGAAGAUCUGAUACAGAAGGCCAAAGAAGGGGGCCUUGAUGUGGUUGAGACUUAUGUCUUUUGGAAUGUCCAUGAGCCUUCACCAGGCAAUUAUAAUUUUGAAGGAAGGUACGACCUGGUGAGGUUUGUGAAGACCAUCCAGAAGGCUGGACUCUAUGCCCAUCUCAGGAUUGGACCUUACGUCUGUGCAGAAUGGAACUUUGGAGGGUUCCCUGUUUGGCUCAAGUAUGUUCCAGGCAUCAGCUUCAGGACUGAUAAUGAGCCUUUCAAGAAGGCAAUGCAAGGUUUCACUGAGAAGAUUGUCAAUUUGAUGAAGAGUGAGAACCUGUUUGAGUCUCAGGGUGGCCCCAUUAUACUUUCUCAGAUUGAGAAUGAGUAUGGGGUGCAGAGCAAAUUAUUUGGGGCUGCUGGGCAUAAUUAUAUGACCUGGGCUGCAAAUAUGGCUGUCAAGUUGGGAACUGGAGUCCCCUGGAUUAUGUGCAAGGAAGAGGAUGCCCCGGAUCCAGUGAUCAACACUUGCAAUGGUUUCUACUGUGACGCAUUUUCUCCGAAUAAAGAGUACAAACCCACUAUCUGGACAGAAGCUUGGAGUGGCUGGUUCACUGAGUUCGGGGGCCCGAUCCACCAGAGACCUGUUCAGGAUCUGGCAUUUGCUGUUGCCCGGUUCAUACAAAAGGGAGGAUCCUUUGUGAACUACUAUAUGUAUCAUGGAGGCACCAACUUUGGACGUUCAGCUGGAGGACCAUUCAUCACGACCAGCUACGAUUACGAUGCCCCAAUUGAUGAGUAUGGUUUGAUAAGACAACCUAAGUAUGGCCAUCUAAAAGAGCUUCACAAGGCAGUAAAAAUGUGCGAACGCGCUCUAGUUUCAGCCGAUCCAAUGGUUACUUCUCUUGGGGGCUAUCAGCAGGCUCACGUUUAUACCACGCAAUCAGGAGAUUGUGCCGCUUUUCUGGCAAACUAUGACACAAAAUCUGCUGCAAGAGUGUUGUUCAACAACAUGCACUAUAACUUGCCUCCUUGGUCCAUCAGCAUCCUUCCUGAUUGCAGGAAUGUUGUCUUUAACACUGCAAAGGUCGGGGUUCAAACGUCACAACUGCAGAUGUUGCCAACUAAUGGCGACAUGCUGCAGUGGGAGAGCUAUGAUGAGGAUAUAUCUUCUCUCGACGAGAGUUCUGCAUUCACCACAACCGGUCUCUUGGAGCAGAUUAAUGUGACUAGGGAUGCCAGUGAUUACUUGUGGUACAUUACCAGUGUUGAUAUUGGUUCUCCUGAGUCAUUCCUUCAUGGAGGAGAACUCCCAACUCUCAUUGUUCAAUCAACGGGGCAUGCGGUGCACAUCUUUGUGAACGGGCAGCUCUCAGGUUCUGCAUUUGGGACAAGGGAGAAUCGGAGAUUCACAUAUAUUGGAAAGGUCAAUCUCCAUGCAGGCACAAACAGAAUUGCCCUUCUAAGUGUAGCAGUUGGAUUGCCUAAUGUUGGGGGGCACUACGAGACGUGGAACACAGGCAUCCUUGGACCGGUAGCAUUGCAUGGGCUUGACCAGGGAAAAUGGGACUUGUCCUGGGCAAAAUGGACAUACCAGGUUGGGCUUAAAGGAGAGGCCAUGAACCUUCACUCCCCGAACAGCAUUUCUGCAGUCGAUUGGAUGCAGGCAUCCUUAGUUGUACAAAGGCAACAGCCUUUAACCUGGCAUAAGGCUUAUUUCAACGCACCAGAAGGUGACGAACCACUGGCCAUAGAUAUGGAGGGCAUGGGGAAAGGUCAAAUAUGGAUUAAUGGGCAGAGUAUCGGGAGAUAUUGGACUGCAUAUGCAACUGGUAACUGUGAUGGUUGUAAUUAUGCGGGCACUUUUAGGCCUCCAAAAUGCCAGCUUGGAUGCGGGCAACCGACCCAGCGAUGGUACCACUUGCCUCGCUCCUGGUUGAAGCCAACUCACAACCUCCUAGUGAUCUUCGAGGAGCUCGGAGGGAACCCCAUGAAGAUCUCUAUCGUUAAAAGAUCAGUGACCACGGUAUGUGCUGAAGUCACCGAGUUCCACCCCACGAUCAAGAACUGGCACAUUGAGAGCUACGGGAAAUCAGAAGAAUUCCACAGCCCAAAGGUCCACCUGAGGUGCAGCCAAGGCCAAUCGAUUUCUUCAAUAAAAUUUGCAAGCUUCGGGACUCCGAUGGGGACCUGCGGAAGCUACCAGCAGGGAACUUGUCAUGCUCCUACUUCAUAUGCCAUCUUAGAGAAGAAAUGCAUGGGGCAGCAGAGAUGCACAGUAACAAUAUCGAACAGCAACUUCGGGGAAGAUCCAUGCCCGAAUGUGCAGAAGAAAUUGUCGGUCGAAGCAGUGUGCUCUCCUACAGUGACCACCACUGCGCAACCCAACUGGAGAGGUUAACUUCGGAAACCGAAGGACUUCCCGGAAACAUCUUGACAUGAAACCGACACAUGACAUGCAAAGAAAAAAGGAACAAGAGAAGAAAAGCAGGGUAUCAUUAUAGUGUAAUAUUAGAUUGAAUAGCCGGAGCAUUCAUCGUGGAGGGAAGCUUCGGCUCCAAGGGAGGGAACUCAAAUAGUUAUUCAAGUUAGAUUUAAUUUAAAUUAGUUGAAGUGUACUGUAAAUUAGUGAAUGAUAGAGACAGAGAGAGAGAGAGAUCACUUCAAGGUUCAUUCAAUCGUCAAAUUCCUGGGGAGCCCUGAUGAAAAAGAAAGUUUCAGGGAAAUCCCAGUUUCUCCCCAUCCCGGGCUUUUAAACCGGAGAUGGGGGGUGCUAGGGAAGUUGAUGAUCUGUUGUAGUUCUGUGUGAUAUGUUGAUGUGUUUAUGAAAUGUUCUUGUUGUUGGGGGGCACAGAAAUUGCAAUUAGAGGCCCCUUUUUCUGCCAGGGUUCAUGUUGGGAUUUGGAUCCUAGUAUGAAACAUCUUUUGCUUGUCUUCUUUGUCA